UCCGCCCCCGUUGCCAUCACUAUCCCCUAGCAACUUAGCAAGUCCGCAACUCGAGUUGAAUUGACAAAAGGAACUACGGAGUACAUUGUAAAAUGAGAGCAAUUGAGGGGGCAUAUAGAGAUUUUCAAAGACAAAAAUAAUACGGAGUUUCAAAUACAGGAGAAAAACUCCGGGUCUGCCCUGCUGUGCCGCACCGUAAACUGGAAACAAUCCGGUAGCUUAGCCGGAGAGAGACUGGGAAAGGAGGGGAAAGGAGGAAGAAGAAAGAAUGAAUGGGCCGCAGCCGUACCACCAGCCGGCAACAAUUGAGGAAGUCCGAACCCUUUGGAUUGGAGACUUGCCCUACUGGGCUGAAGAGCCUUAUCUCCAGAGCUGGUUCGCUCCCACCGGAGAGGUACUUUCAAUAAAAGUAAUUCGAAAUAAGAUGACAGGGCAACCAGAGGGUUACGGUUUUGUGGAGUUCACUUCACAUGCUGUUGCCGAGAAUGUAUUACAGUCUUACAAUGGAUCACAAAUUCCAGGGACCGAAUUAACCUUUAGGUUGAAUUGGGCAUCAUCUGGUUUCGGGGAGAGACGUGACACUGGUCCUGAGCACUCUAUCUUUGUAGGCGAUUUAGCUCCAGACGUAACAGAUUAUCUAUUGCAAGAGACAUUCCGUACUCAUUAUGCUUCAGUUAGAGGAGCUAAGGUUGUCACUGAUCCGAACACUGGACGUUCUAAGGGAUAUGGUUUUGUUAAGUUUGCUGAUGAGGCAGAAAGAAACCGUGCCAUGGGUGAGAUGAAUGGGGCCUAUUGCUCUAGUAGACCGAUGCGAAUAAGUGCAGCAACGCCCAAAAAAACCGCUGGUCUUCAACAGACCUAUGUGGUACCAAAAGUAGUAUAUCCAACUUCAGUCUACCCUACUGUGCAGCCAACAGUUCCUGAGAGUGACCCCAAUAACACUACUAUUUUUGUUGGCAAUAUUGACCCUAAUGUUACAGAGGAAGAACUACGACAAACCUUCUUGCACCUUGGGGAAAUUAUAUAUGUCAAAAUCGUUGCUUCUAAAGCAUGUGCGUUCAUACAAUUUGCUGCAAGGGCAUCUGCUGAAGAAGCAAUUCAGAGGAUGACUGGUACUAUGAUUGGUCAACAAAUAGUUCGUGUUUAUUGGGGUAGGACACCAACUGCUAAACAGGACGCUGGUCAAUGGGGUCAGGUAGCUGAUGCAAGCCAAUGGAAUGCUUAUUAUGGUUAUGGACAGGGAUAUGAUCCAUAUGCUUAUGCAGCCACGCAAGAUCCUUCCAUGUAUGCAUAUGGUGCUUAUCCUGGUUACAGCCAAUACCCACAACCGGGUGAAGGUGCUCAAGAUAUGGCAAUAACUACUCCAGCUGUGGACCAAAGGGAGGAAAGACAUGAUCCGUUGGCAGCACCCGAUGUUGACAGGUUAAAUGCUUCUUACCUUGCUGUCCAUGCAAGGGCCAUCUUAGGCAGGCCUAUGUGGCAAAAGACAUAAUCCCCAUUUCAGACGAAGCAUAGAAAUCAUUCCUCCCCAGAGAUGAGAGAUCCUAUCCUACGGUUUCAUUAAUUUUUGUGAUGACAUUCUAAAAGGGUAUAAGAAACCUAGUAUAGUAUGUUACAUGCUACUCAUAGGUUCUGUAAUGAAAUGCUAUGAUUUGAAUGCUUACAUGAUUUCAAAUGUACUUACUGGCUUUUCCUUAUUGAUUUGGCAGGCCUUUUAUUUAUUAAACAGCCCUUAUUAUUGAUUUAGCUUUUAGUGCCUAUGGUUUA